AUGGGGCCGUACAAGUUGCAAUUUCUGCUGCCAUCUUUCUUGAUACUCUCUUGCUCAGGGUUUUGUUGCAGGACUAGACUGUUUCGGUCGAUGUUGCGACUGUAUUGCAGCUGGCAACUAGUGACAACUGCUUCUCGCAAUGAAAUAAUGAGGCUUCAGACCUUUAGCGAAGGGCAAAUACUGUUGAGCCCAAUCCCUUGGGGAUCAAUUGUAUCGGAUGGAGAUAUGCCUCGCUAUGAUGACCGCUAUGGAGGCACGCGCUUGUAUGUUGGCAGAUUGGCCCCUCGUACUCGUUCCCGCGAUUUAGAAUAUCUGUUCGGCAGAUAUGGAAGAAUACGAGAAGUGGAGUUGAAGCGCGACUAUGCAUUUAUUGAGUUCAGUGAUCAUCGUGAUGCUGAUGAGGCUCGAUACCAACUAGAUGGCAGGGAUGUUGAUGGGAGUCGCAUUGUUGUUGAGUUUGCCAAAGGGGUCCCAGGUGGGCCAGGUGGUUCACGUGAAUAUAUGGGAAGAGGCCCUCCACCAGGUACAGGUCGCUGUUUCAACUGUGGAAUUGAUGGUCAUUGGGCAAGAGACUGUAAGGCUGGUGACUGGAAAAACAAAUGCUACCGUUGUGGAGAAAGAGGGCAUAUAGAAAGAAAUUGCCAGAACAGUCCUAGGAGUGUCAGGCAUGAAAGAAGUUACUCACAGUCCCCAUCUCCACGCCGUGGAAGGGGUCGCAGUCCAAGCUAUAGCAGAAGCAGAAGCAGGAGCAGGAGCAGGAGCCGGAGCUAUAGCCGAUCGAGAUCCCUGUCUGGAUCUCCUAGGGGAGGUCGCCGGGACCGUGACGAUAGGAGAUCAAGGAGCCUUAGCUACAGCAGGAGCCCCAUGCGAUCUGCCUCGCCACCUCCAAAGGAAAAGGAGCGCAGCCCCACACCUGAUGGAAGCAGGAGCCCAAGGAGUCGCAGCCCCCAGGAUCAGGUGAUGAGCCCACCACCAAAGGAUAAUGGCGAUGGCAAUGGUUCAGACCGUGGCGACAGCCCCAAAGGGAGGGAAAACAGCAGCAGCAGGAGCAGGAGCAGGAGCCGCAGCCCAUCCGGUGGUAACCGCAGCCCUGCAGCUAAUGGGCAGAGCCCGAGUCCUGGAGGUGACCGUAGCCCAAGCCCCAGGGCUGACCAUAGCCCAAGCUCCAAGGGCAAUGGUAACAACGAUGAUGAUGCUGCCGGCGGUGGUUCCCCAGCAGGAAGCAAGUCACCUUGA